AUGGCGGCUGAAGUCCGCCGCUCGAACGGCACGCGCCUUGAUGCGUCCCUUGGCAUCACUGAGCGCAUUGCACCGAGCAUGACAGCUUGGACCGGAGAUAUGCGCAAAAGAUAUACCGACUUCCAAGUCUACGAGAUUAACAAAGAUGGCUCCGUCCUCCACCUCAAGGAAACCCGUCUGCCGCCACCCCCUAAAGAGCCUACCCCUCCUCCUCCUGCUCCUCCUCCCGUAGUCGAGGAGAAGAAGGAGGAAGAGCCCAAGUAUGAAGAUUUGACACAAAUCGGAGACGCUGCCGCGGCCGAGAAGCCCGUCGUUCCCGAAAUCCCAGCCGACGAUCUGGCCGCAAUUGCCUCCCUCACAAACGAAGACUUUGCGGGCCAACUGCUGGCAAUGUACCAGACAGUAUCCGCCGACAGGAACGCCAAGACCGAGCCAGCGACCUCCCCCGUCAUGGACGACAAGGACCAGCGCUCCCAGCUCCACCAGAGCGUCCGCCGCAUCUUUAACUCAACAAUCGAUACGACUACCGACCCGACGGGCGCCAUUGUCGCCCGGGUGGUGCCCCCUCGUGGCAAAGGAAAGGGCGUGCGUGGUGGUCGUGACAACAAUAACAACAAGCAGAAGAAGCCCAAGGCUCGUGCUCCCGGGGAAGGAGAGUACCUCCACUUCACAAUGUACAAGGAGAACCGCGACACCAUGGACGCCCUGCACCAGAUCUCCAAGGCGCUGCGCAUCAAGCCCCAGGCCAUCGGCACUGCGGGCACCAAGGACCGCCGCGCCGCCACCACCCAGCGGUGCUCCGUCCGCGGCCAGCGAGCCGAUGGCCUCGUCCGCGCGCGUCUUAACGGCGUCACUGUCGGCGACUACCUCUACGCCCCGACCCCGAUCCACCUCGGCGCCCACGCCGGCAACGAAUUCGUCAUCGCCCUCAAGGACUGCCUCGUCGCUGGCGCUCCCGACCUGUCUCCUGCGGACCGCCACGCCCAGAUUCACGCCUCCGUCAAGGCCGCUAUGGCGAGCAUGCACAGCCUCGGCUGGAUCAACUACUUCGGCCACCAGCGCUUCGGCACGCAUGCCGUCGGCACGCACGAGGUCGGCCGCCUGAUCCUACAGGAGGACUUUGAGGGUGCCGUCAACGCCAUCCUCGCAUACGACGAGGCCAUCGCCAAGCGCGCCGCCGGGGGCGAGGUCCCCGAGCAGGCGCACGCGCGGGAUGACUUCAGCCGCCACCGUGCGUGCAUGCUCUUCCGCGAGGGUGGGUCCAUGGACGACGCGCUCCAGCAUCUCCCGCGCCGCUUCUCCGCCGAGUCGAGUCUCAUCCGCCACCUCGGCAGGUCGAGCGGCCCCUCUCGCCGCGACUUCAUCGGCGCCCUCACGAGCAUCACCCGUGGUCUGCGCAGCAUGUAUUUGCAUGCCUACCAGUCCUACGUCUGGAACCACGCGGCGAGCCACCGCUGGCGGCUUUACGGCGAGAAGGUCGUUGAGGGCGACCUUGUCCUCGUCGAUGACUCGAAGCCACAGACCGAUGACGCGGAGACGACGCACGACGAUGACGACGCCGAGUUCUCCGACGCCCGCCCCCUGACCGCGGAAGAGGCCGCCUCGGGCAAGUACACAAUCCACGACAUCGUCCUCCCCUCGCCCGGCCACGCCGUCGUCUACCCCACCAACGCCGUGGGCGAAUUCUACACGACCUUCAUGCGCGACAACGGCGGCCUCGACCCGGCCAAGAUGAUCCGCCGCCACCGCGAGUUCAGCCUCCGCGGCGACUACCGCAAGGUCGUCGUGCGGUUCCUCGCCGAGCCCGGGUUCGAGGUGCGCGCGUACGAGGACGACAAUGAGCAGAUGCACCCCACCGACAUGGACCGCAUCCGCGCCGCACGGAACGGCGCAGGGAAGAAGCGCGGCCGUGACGAGGGUGAGGAGGCGGACGGCGAGAGCAAGAAGGCCAAGACCGAGACGGCCCCAGAGGACGGGGCCAACGGUGACGAGAAGAUGGAGGAUACGCCGCAGGCCGAAGACAAGCCCGGGGCGGAAGCAGAGGCAAAGACCGAGGAUGCGGCCGCGGAGUCAAUUCCGACCGCGGAAAAGACCAAGACGGCCGUCGUGGUCAGGUUCCAGCUCCCCAAGAGCGCCUACGCGACCGUCGCGUUGCGGGAGCUGAUGGGCGUCGACGAGUCCGAAGUCGCCGCGGCCCCGGCAGCAGCCGAGGCAUGA